UAUAAAACAGUGAUGAGACGGUCAGCGCGCGUGAUGUGAUCAUCCAGAGCCUCUGUGCGCGCUCACGUCACGUGCUUUAGCUCAGUGCAUCCAGUCCAGAAACUAUCUCACCUCUCAGGAAAGGCUCGUGAGAAACCUACAAGAUUGACGUCAAAUAGAUUCAACUACUCGCUGAACGCGAAGGAAUCGGAUGUGAGUGGAAGUGUUUGGAAACACCUCCAGGACCAAGUGCCUUUCCUCGUCUCCGGCAGCCCGUGGGAAGUUUCUUUCCAUCUGACACAUAUGAUCUGCUCCGUACGCACUCAUUCUGGACCACCGGGGACACUCACAUAUCCAUAGAUUGUAUAACAACCACGAGAAGACGAGAACGGAUCGCGCAUUCGUAUAUGAUAAGUGAGAUCUGGGGUGCGUGCAUAAAUGCCAAGAAACUGCAUUAGAGAGACAUCACCCAAAGAAAACGAGAUCUUCUUGUGGAAAAUGGACCCACCGAAUAAGGAGAGAAGGUCACCGGAGAAUGGCCCCAGCUCGGCUCGGCCCUGUUGCUCAAGCCUCAAGAUGUUCCUCGUGGCCUUGUCCUUUGCCUACUUCGCCAAGGCAUUAUCCGGGAGCUAUAUGAAAAGCACAAUAACUCAGCUGGAAAGACGCUUCGACAUCCCCAGUUACUUAAUAGGUGUCAUUGAUGGCAGCUUUGAAAUAGGUAACUUGUUGGUGAUCGCCUUCGUGAGUUACUUUGGUGCCAAACUUCACCGUCCGAAGAUCAUCGCCAUCGGCUGCCUGUUGAUGUCACUUGGGACUUUUCUAAUUGCCUUGCCGCAUUUUAUAAUCGGACGUUACAAGUUUGAGACAUCAAUUCAAACGUCUGUGAACUCGAGCAGUAUCGUCUCUCCAUGUCCAGUGGCUUCUGGUGUUCUGGCCACGGCACCCAGCACUACUGCAGGACCGAGCUCAGGUUGCGAACACGAGUCCAGGUUGUCCAUGUGGAUCUAUGUUUUCCUAGGGAAUAUCUUGCGAGGAAUCGGCGAGACCCCAGUGCAGCCUUUGGGAAUCUCAUACAUCGAUGAUCACGCUCUGGAGGAGAACGCAGCCUUCUACAUCGGAUGCGUCCAGACGAUAUCAGUCAUCGGCCCAGUGUUUGGCUACCUGCUGGGGUCCGUCUGUGCCAAGAUAUACGUGGACAUUGGAUUUGUCAACAUGGAGAGCAUUAGCAUCACCCCGGGAGAUGCACGCUGGGUAGGCGCCUGGUGGCUGGGAUACCUUAUUGCAGGAUUCAUCACCCUGCUCUCGGCGGUGCCGUUUUGGUUCUUGCCCAAGUCUUUGCCCCUGCCAGAGAAACGGCUUGCCAAGUAUUCUCCAGAGCGGACCAGCUUCAUCAAAGACUCGCCCCUGCUGGAGCACAAGUACCAGGCAGAUGAGCCAGCGAACUUCCUAGAAAUGGCCAAAGACUUUUUGCCAACGCUGAGAUCCCUUUUGGGGAACCCAGUCUACUUCUUAUAUCUCUGCAUCACCAUCAUCCAGUUCAACUCUUUGAUCGGUAUGGUGACAUACAAGCCGAAAUACAUCGAGCAACAUUACGGACAGUCAGCAUCCAAAGCCAACUUCUUAAUGGGAGUGAUCAACAUCCCAGCCGUAGCUUUGGGAAUGUUCUCGGGGGGAGUGAUCAUGAAGAAGUUCAAGCUGAGCAUCAUGGGAGCAGCCAAGUUUGCGCUGGGAACGUCUCUCCUGGGCUACUUCCUGUCGCUUUUCUUCUUUGCCAUGGGAUGUGAGAAUGCCAGUGUGGCCGGCAUCACCAGGUCAUACAAUGGGACAGAAAGUCUGUACAACGAGGACAAAUAUCUCUUGGCGUCCUGCAACACAAUCUGUGACUGUCCCAGAAGAAACUGGGACCCCGUGUGCGGUGAGAACGGCCUCACCUACGUCUCCCCCUGCCUGGCUGGAUGCCGGACGUCCCACGGCUCUGGAAUGGACACGGUGUUCGAGCAGUGCAGCUGUGUAGCAGUCGGGAAUCAUACGGCCAGUGUGGGCCAAUGCAACAACAGAGACAACUGCCAUCGAGUCUUCCCCUACUUCCUGGCUCUGUCUGUCAUCACUUCCUUCAUCAUCUCGCUGGGCGGAACGCCGGGAUACAUGCUGCUCAUCAGAUGCAUCAGACCUCAGCUGAAGUCUUUAGCUUUGGGUUUUCACACGCUGACGACACGCACGCUAGCUGGAAUCCCAGCUCCUAUAUACUUCGGAGCCAUCAUAGACACCACCUGUCUGAAAUGGGGUCAGAAGAAAUGCGGAGGGAGAGGAGCCUGUCGAAUCUACAACACUACAGCCUACAGGAUCGCAUAUCUGGGCCUGACCCUGGGCUUACGCUCUGCUUCCUUCUUCCUGUGCUUUCUCGGUCUGGUGGUGUUACGACGGCACGUUCAACGGGAAGAGCGCAACACGCUGGCAAACGGAGACACGGGGGCUGCAGUCGGCGAGCUGCAAGCCCUCAGGAAAGAAGAAAACAACAGCUGUAACUCGGACCAAUGCCCGCAGACCGCAGAUUACGAUCCGGAUCGGGAGACGCGUCUGUGACGCCUGCGCAGGGAGCAACAGGGCCGUGACGCGCCGUCUGUUCCACACUUUCUAUCAGACUCGUGUAAAUGAUGUGAAAUAAGUUGUUUUUGAUAUAGUAGAUUUAUUUCUUGAAUGUACAUGAUGUUUUGGGUAUAAAAAGAAGAAGAAGAAUGUCUUACAAACUACCUAUCUCAUUUGGAUUUAACGUAUAGAUGCUUCAAAAGUGUCAGACACCCAACAAUAUUGGAUUUCCUCUCAUUGAAGCCAUCGUUGCGCACUGGCCCUAUAAGGAUAACACCUUGUGGGUUCAUGAUCACAUCCGUCGUAUCUCUUUCGUCUGUCAUACACACAGAUCGAUGCCUGAAACAGUUGACCACGACACUGUGUGCUUAUUAUAGGUUGGCCUUGUUAAGCGGGCUACAGGUUGACUAUGUUGUUGGAGAUCUCCAAUUGCGUCCCAUUUGUGUUGUCAUGAAGGAACGAAACGCUCACCGUUGUGCUUUUCAGUGUCGCCUGACAGCAGUUCCUUCAGUUUAAGAAAUGAGCGAGGAAUGGGUCAGAACUGUGUGAGUAAUCAUCUUCAUGAUCGAUGUUGUGCGGUGUCACCGUGAGAAAUGUUGUGUGUGUGCGUGUGUGUGUCGUUAUGUGUGAACGGGUGCAUUCCUGUGCCAAAAAAAAACACUAAAAGUGCAAGAAGGCAAAGUCAACAUGGUCUAUUCUCAGGUCAUUCAAUCAAUUGUUCCUCAAAUUUGCAAAUAAUUAUUCUUUUAUAUACUUGUUUAAAUCAUUGUCUGGUUUUAGCUGGCAAAAAUGACUUCUAGCGGUAACAACCGAGCGAAAGGUUUUUAUUUGUGAAUUGUAAAACAAAUAAAACAAGUGGCAUUUAUUUCCUGCUUUUAGGUUAGGCAGUACAGAAUUUUAUUUGCUGAUAUAUGUUUUUUUUUUGUAUACUUCAAAGUGAUGUGUAAAAAAAAUGCAUUUAUGUAAAAUAUUAGAUACGUUCUUUUAAAAAUAAAACGGAUGAUUUACUACAUUUGAGAAAGAAUUACAAUCAGUCGCUUUAAUCGUGAAAAUAGCAUAUACAAUCACAGCAGAACGGAAACAAGGCACUUAGACAGGUGAUUUCUACACCCAUAGCAUUCAUAAAAUUGCAUAUUCGACCACAUUUGACAGGAAGAUAACGAUAUAGCAUAAACAAUCCCCUUAUAAAGACAUUUCAGACUGUUUUCCAUCCUUAGGGAAUCAGCCGACCAAACAAGCUUGCAUAGCAAUGACAACUAAGAACAUUUUGGGUUUUCUCCUCAUUUUUCCUGCGUCUGAGAGAGAGGAAGUGAGCGUGGUAGCCUCGUGCAUCAUAGACGCAUGUACAGACAGCACGAUUUUCAACACCCACACGGUGGGUGACGGCUUAUUCUUAGUAAAUGAAAAAAACAAUUAUAAUCUUAUGACAGAAAUCUGAUUCAGCCGUGUCUUACAGCAGAGGAUAAUAAUCAGACUUUUAAUCUUUACACAAGUCUAAAUAGUUUUAAUAGUAAAAUUUUAGUGACUAGAAUAAGCAAACAGUGACAUAAAAUAGCCAGCCCUCAUCUAAUAACAGAGUGAAUCUCCUCAAAACAUGUCCAGGUCAAGCUAUAUUUUCCAAUAAAGAAAAUUAAUAAUUCUCUUCAGUGUACAUUUUGUAAAUACAUUAUGCUUUGACUAUUCUAGAAAAACAUUGUAAUUAAUUGCAAUGUUUUUCUAGUAAUUCUGUGAAAAAAAUUAAAUAAAAAAUAAAACCUAAACUCAAUGUUAGGAGAUAUAUAUAAUAUAAAUAGGAAUUACUAAAUAAAAAUUGAAAAGUUUAUAUAUUUGAAUUUGUUUUUGUUUGUUUGCUUCUGCAAUGGACUAAAAAAUGAAACAAAAUUAAAGUUAAUUGCGACUUCUCACAAUUGUUUAUAUCUAGUAAUUCUGACUUUUUUUCUAAGUUUAUAUCUCCCAAAUCUGAAAAAAAAAAAAAGUUUGCAUAAAAAUGUGCUUAUUAGUAAUAAAACAUUCUAAAAAAAAACAAUAUUGUUUGUAAUAGAAUCUUUUUUUUUUUUUUUUUUAAUGGGGUGAAAUAUGGCCUGGACAUGUUUUGUUUUUAAGCAUCGAUAGCACAAAACCAUCUACCUCAAAUGGACUCAAAAUUAAAAAAAAUUAUCACUUCUCUCUAUCGGACUGUGAAAUCUUUCACAUUUCAGCAUUUAUUCAACAGCUAACAGCGUUUGAACUCAGGUGUAAUUGACCUACCUCUCCAGACUCGAGGACAAACACUAACCGCUCACUAACAGACUGUUCGCUCAGCCAGGAAAUACAUGCUCUCAUUGUGAUGUGUUUACUUCUUACCUGUUGUUUGUGUGUAUACGGUUUUAUUCUUCUUAAUUAAAGUUGAUCAAAUGACUAAA